CUUUCAUUUCCUUCCCAUAUUCGACCCCAGAUGUCAGUGUCUUCAUCCUCUCGUCGUCUUCUUCUUGGCCACACCCACCAGUGGGCGGCGAUUCGAAACAAAUGGGCGGAGCCUAUCGGAUGGUUCAAAACUACGGCAACGACGUCGUUUGUCUCUACAGCUCGUUGCUCUGCGAUGUCACGUGUCCUCAUAACUGGUGGUACUGAUGGAAUUGGGCGAGAAGCCGCGUUGAAGCUCGCCGCCGAGCAACAUGAGAUCACAAUUUCGGGACGAGACCCGAACAAGGCGAAGGAUGUGAUUGGGCAGUGUCAGAUGAAAUUUAACAACACACCGCGCUUCAUCCAAACAGACUUGUCACUGGAACACGAGGUCAUCAAAUUUGCGAGCCAAGUUGCUGAGGAGCAAUUUGAUAUCUGCAUUCUCAACGCAGGAGUCAUGAAUCCAAAACCAGGACGUACUCGUGAGGAUCGGGAAGCGACAAUGAUGACAAACUUGGUCUCUUCAUAUAUGAUUGCACAUAAGAUAAUCGAUAGUCGACGGGAUGAUCAACGCUCUCUUCAUUUUGUUUUCAGCACUUCGAUUCUUGUCAAAUUCCACAACGCCACUCCACUCGGCAUCCGCUUCUUCAAUCCGGAAAAAGUGACCGAUUGGCAGAAAUCUCUAGUUCCAACAGAUGUCUCGGGUGCUGGAAAGUAUGCAAUUUCGAAGAUUGGUCUGGCAACCCUCUCCACUUCAAUUUCUCAAUGCAAUCUUCCAAAUAUCACUGCAACAAGUGUUCAUCCGGGAACUGUCUACACAAAUAUUAUGUCAAAUCUCCCGGCUCGUCAGCAAUUCUACAUUAAACUUGCUCGUCCGUUCACGACUUCUCUCGCCGAUGCUGGUGCCAAUCUUGUUCGUGCCGCUGAGAAUCCAUUGCCUGCUGGAAUGUUCUACAAGACGGACAAGUCUUCGAAAUUGCCGGAAUUGAUUUGUUCAGAAAAGAGUAUUGCGGCAUUUGAACAAGUUUUCGAGCAAUUUAAGAUUCGAAAUUAAAUUAUGAACAUUUUAUUUUAUUUUUUCCAUGUUUGUAUGUUUCACGAGUAUUCCUUUUUCUACCUCACUUUUUAAAAAGUAUCUUUUGUAAAAAAACAAUAAACUAUGUGAAAUGC